AACAGAAAAAUACAGCAAUCUUUCACCAUUUCAAGUCGCGCGAGGAAAAGAUCUCAACCUCGCUAACGAUUAAAGGCCAAUUACAGUGGAUUGUAAGUUUAUCGAGAAAACAAGGAAUAUCGGCCCUUACAGUUGCUUACAAGGGUUUCUCGCCGUGUCCUUUAUGUGAGGAUCGCGACGGGAGAGAGACGCGGGGCUGAGAGAGAAGACAGGUGGAGAGAAACCGGAGAUCGUUUGAACUGUGCUCAUCAUCUCUUGAUCUCAUUGUCUUCUCCUUUGCUCGGCAAUAAGGAAAUAAACUGCAUAUUCCUCAGCUUUUUUGUGUCUUAUCGCAUCUAUUCUGCUGAAUCAUGGAGGCCAUCGCCAAGUAUGAUUUCAAAGCAACUGCAGAUGACGAGCUGAGUUUUAAACGUGGGGAAAUAUUGAAGGUAUUAAAUGAAGAGUGUGAUCAAAACUGGUAUAAAGCAGAACUCAAUGGAAAAGAUGGUUUCAUUCCUAAGAACUACAUCGAGAUGAAGGCACAUCCGUGGUUCUUCGGGAGAAUUCCACGAGCCAGAGCAGAAGAGAUACUCAACAAACAGAGGCACGAUGGAGCGUUUCUUAUUAGAGAGAGCGAGAGCGCACCCGGAGACUUCUCCCUUUCUGUCAAGUUUGGUAAUGACGUACAACAUUUUAAAGUUCUACGUGACGGUGCCGGCAAGUAUUUCCUCUGGGUUGUGAAGUUUAACUCGCUCAACGAGCUCGUGGACUACCACCGCACCACUUCAGUUUCCCGAAACCAACAGAUUUUCCUACGAGACAUUGAGCAGGUGCCUCAGCACCCGACAUACGUGCAGGCCCUGUUCGACUUCGACCCGCAGGAGGAGGGAGAGCUCGGCUUCAGACGCGGAGACUUCAUUCAGGUCCUGGACAACUCUGACCCCAACUGGUGGAAGGGCGCUUGUCACGGCCAGACGGGCAUGUUCCCACGCAACUACGUCACGCCUGUGAACCGGAACAUGUAAAGAAAACAAAACGAGCGAUUAGUGAAUAAAUUGUAAUUAACGGCCCUUCACAUUCACAUACAAUCAGACUACCCCGUAUUUCCCUUUCAACACCCUGUGAAAUCCAACAUGACGCAGAAGGACGACGGAAAUCAUGAGAGAUGAAAAAAAGAUGCGUAGCGGAGAGGCUGGAGGAUCCACCUCUGCCGUGGUGCUUGGGCGAAACUAUUAUUCCUGAGAAUUUUGAUGUCUUCAAGAACGCUUGCAGUCAAGACUGAGCCGGUAGGGUGGAAGAGAGGCUGAAUCUUAGCGUAUAGUACACACAGCAUAAAUUAAAACAACAGCGUUUCUGUCUGUAGAUUCAUCUGCUGCUUCUUUCUUCUGUUGUCUGCGUAUAGGUUUGUUUUGUUUUGUUUUCCUUUUCCGUUAUCGGCUGCAUGUUUAAAUCUCUUUAUAAUAGCAAAUCCUAAAGCUGUUUUUAAAAAGUGAAAAAAAAAUGUAUAAGAUGCAAGAUGAAAAAAUUGCAAACGCAUUGUACAUCUGGGCUGUGGAGAAAAAUCACCUAUAGAGAGAAUCCAUUUUUUUAAGAAUAUAUAUAUUAUAUAUUUGUAUGCGUCUUGUCUGUUUUACCUUUCAACACAUUUCUUUUUUCUUCUUUUCCAUAUUGUGUAAAUUAUGUUUUCGGGGAGGGUGGAUGAAUGCGAGUAGCUCUGGGACGUGCUAACUCGUCGGUAUCAUUUUAUGAAUAUCUGAGAUUUCUCAGACGUAACAUCAUAGUAUUUAACGCAUCAUGUAUUCCAUUUUGAAAUUCUUAUUUUGUUUUAUAACCGAAAGGAUUCUUUUGACCGUUUGUUGUCGGAAGGCUUCCGUGCGCGUGACGAAAAGACAUCGCAGCCGACCAAGAGAGCAGUUUAUCUAAUGUGAAAUCCACGAGGCUAGCCCCCGUUUUCAGCCAAUGUAUUUAUUGCAGCCACUUUUCUUUGUGUUAGGAUGUGAACGUAGCCGACAUUACUCUGUAGACUUCAUGAGGGAAGCGAGAUUGGAGAAGUAGACCAACAGUUGCAUGAUAACCACCACAUGUCCAUGUACAGUGUCAAAAAGAGCGCUUUGCCGUAUCGCAUUCGUCAGAAUAUGAUGAGUUUUGGUGUUUCAUUGCUUAGAAACUGACCUCGGGCCAGUUCAGCCAGUAAGAGAAAACCAGAGAGUUGACACGUCGAUGCUGAUGUGAUGCGUUUCGUUCUUUGUUUUGGAUUCCGAUUCUUAUCCGUUUCGUCUGACCAGUGUUGUUUGUUUAAGGUCUUUUAACAUUUGUCCCUCUCUCUCUCUGUGUUUUAUUGAUCCCCGAAUUUUCGUUUGUGACUUGUUUUUGUUCUCUGGAUUAGUGCCUUUUUCUCUGGUGUCACGGUGUCUCUGGCUCGCUGCUGUAAGCCCGAGCAUUGGGCUUUGUCUGACCCGCAGUGAGAAACCAUGUGCGUCCCCCCGGCCUUUCCACCCCUCUCGACCACCUGAACACAGUCCAUUCUAUUUAAAUGUCUUGCCUUUUUCUUAACUUUUUUGUUGCUUUUUUCCUUGUUUCUUUUGAAUAAAUAAAAAUGAAAUUAUAA